AUGGCUCCGGCUCGUACGUCUCGCAGAAGCUCCAAAACGCACAGUGACGCCUACUCAAGGCCUUCGAGCGGGUCGCUCCUGUUUGAUAAACCGAUACUUAGCACAAUCAAGAGAUCAAUCAGCACUAAGGAGCAGCUUGCCAGAGUCAGUGAACUACACGAAAAGCUCUCCAAUUUAGAAGAUGCAGAAGUCGACGAUUUGGACUCGCUUAGGCCCUAUGCUUUAGAGCUCAUUGACAAGAAAUUGCUCAAUCACACAAGCGUCGGCGUCCAGGCAUUUGUCUGCUGUUGCAUUGCGGAUAUUCUUCGGUUGUUUGCACCCAAUGCCCCAUAUUCGGAGGAAGAGUUGUCUGAACUCUUCAAAGCCUUUAUCAAGCAAUUCUCGAGAAUCGGCUCGGCCAAGAACGAUAAACCUCAAUUCUACCCUCAAUAUGUAUACUUGCUCAAAAGGAUUGCGGAAACAAAAACUUUUAUUUUGAUGAUGGAUCUACCAGACUCGGGUUCGUUGAUCGAGCUGUUUUUUCAAACAUUCUAUGGAGUAGCAACAAAAGAAUCGUUCCCGCUGGAAUUGGAGACGCUUGUGGCUGACAUUCUCACUGAAAUCACCAACGAGUCAGAGAAUAUUCCGCACGAGAUUGUCAAAUUGAUCCUUGGCAAAUUUACUUUGCAUGAAGCCAAAUCGGGCGCGCUAGCAAACCAAGUAUCUUCGCCAGAGUUUAACUUUUCGCUUUCAAUCUGCGAGGGCAAUGUCGAUCGAAUGUCACGUUCCGUUGCUCAAUAUUUUUCAGAAAUAUUGUAUCGCAACGUGACUCUUUUGGAACAACAACAACAACCAGACAGCGAGGAUUCGACAAGGAAAGAUUAUGGAAAGGGGAAAAUAAGAGCAGAAGCAAUGGAGGUGCUUACAAAUAUCCACCGUUUAUCUGUUCAAAUAUGGAAGUUUGUUCCCUCCAUCAUGUCUUCCGUGAUGUCGUUGCUUGAGGAUGAGCUAAAUGCCAGCGAAGAGAAAGUUCGAGCUUUGGCUACAAAAAGUAUUGGAGAAAUGUUGGGCUCCGCUCCUCUUAACUCCAGCGUGCCGCACCUCAAAGUAAACUUUUUCAUCAUUCAUAAAUCCACUUGGGCGGCGUGGUUGCGCAAGCCAAUGGAUGUAUCGGCUCUCGUGCGGAGUCUGUGGGUAACCCUGCUUCCAGAGAUUUGGAAGCAUAAUCAAUUUUCAACGACGCAGACCAAUCAGCAGAUUACUGCUGAGUUGAAAAAAUGCCUGGUGGACUCGGACCACAAGGUAAGAGAAGCCACGUGCCAGACCAUAGCCAAAAUACCAUUUAGAACAUUGGUUUCGAAAGUGUUGGACGAGUCGGUAAUGACGACGUUGUUUCAGCUUAUGAGAGAGAAGCAUAAAUCAAUCAGGAGCAUCGCGAUUGACACAUUGGGAUCGAUUUACAAAAGCUAUAUUGAUUCUCAAAUGGCUUCCAACCCCUUCCCAAUCGACGUUGCAUUGGAGCGUUGUAUACUCGAUAUUCCAAACCAGAUUUUGCAUUUGGUAUACAUCAAUGAUAAAAACAUCAAUGCCUUGGUAGACUUGUCGUUGUUUGAAAAAUUGGUGCCAGUUGCUGAGACCAACUCCGUGAUCAGGGUGGAGAAAUUGGUCCGUUUCUUUAAAGUUCUCGACCGCAAGGGGAAAGAAGCAUUUAAAGCAAUCAAUGGCAGACAGGGCAAGUUUAGCUCGGUGGUUUUGAGUUUGAUGCAGCUUGCCGACGAAUGCGUCAGGGCAAAUUCAAUACAGGAGAAGGAAAACAGACCAUCUUCCGACGAGAUCAAGUCAAAUUGCGUCAAAAUUGACAAGAUCUUGAACUGGUUGUGUGCUUCUUUUGCCGACGACUGCAACACCUACCCAUGUUUGGAAAGAUUGGUAAAGCUCAAUAGAGCAAGAUUCUACAAUCUCAUCAAGAUUUGCAUCUCCUGCGAAUCCGACAUGAAAAUAAUCAAUAACGCACUCAAUGAACUAUUAACAAAAGUGUCCGAGCCAAAGAAUAUAAAGCUAGGCGACGUGUUUGGGGUCAGUGCCACCGACAUGGUGUUUAACAUCAAGUUGUUGUUGCUUCGAAGUUCACCUGUAAUUUACAACACGUCAAACGUUGAGCAAUUGAUUGAGUUUUCCAAAUCCCGCGAGCACGAGCACCAUGCAGCUGCCACUGAGAUUCUCGAGCAAAUCUCCAAUGUCAAUCCUGAUGUUUUUAAAUUCCAUAUCCGCUCAUUGUCGCACUUGUGCCGUGCAGAAAUAGAAGCAGAAACAGAAGCAGAAAGAGAGGCAGAGACGAAACCAAAGGAAGAUAACUUCACCAUUCUUCGGACCAUGUAUCACUUUAUCAAGAAAUACCCCAAUUCAAUGCCACCAGAAGUGAGCUUUUUGGAAACUUUAAAGGAGCUCGCUGUAAAGGGGCUGCCUGACCUGGCAAAGUAUGCGUUGAAACUAAUUGGCAGAAGCGAAAGCAAGGAACUCUGCUGUGCGGCAAUUGCAGCCAAGAUUUUCCCACUCGAUAUUGAAAGGGACCAUCUUUUCGCAACUCAUUUGAGCUCCUUUGCCGAAAUGUUUCUCGUGGAUAGGUUCUCGGUGUCAAAGACCGAAGUUGAGGCUAUUCCUUACAUCAUCAAAAAUGUGCUCCUCCAGAACUCGGAGCACGACAAGGCAUCCAACCUCAAAUUGCUAGCAUUGAGAACUUUGAUCAACCUGCUCAGGAGUGCAAGUGUCGCCCAUGACACCGAACUCGCUAGAGAAAAAGCGGCUCCGGUAAUCAAGUUGUUGAUUUCCAUCAUUGGGAACCUGGGUGAAAUCGUGAGCGACUCCAACCCGACAUGGCCAACUCCCGAUGACUACAAGAUAAAGCUCCGCUUGGCAGCCGGUGAGAACUUGUUGAAGUUGACUCAAUUACCAGUCUACAACGAAGUGAUUUUAUCACCGACUUUGCGGAAAUUGUGUUUUUUGGUCAAUGAUGAUGAGCUAAGCGUGCGACAAAAAUUUGUCGAGAGGUUACGGCAGAAACUUGCCGAAGAGGCAAUCAGCGAAAAGUAUCUCCCGCUCGUGUUCUUUAGCGCAUCCGACCCCAAUGAAGAGUUGAAAACAGAAACGACUCGCUGGAUCAGCUCGAUGCUCAGAAGAAGCGAGGCUAAAAACAACUUGAAGUUUGAAAAAGCCUUGGUGCGGUUGAUCCAUGGUUUGGCGCAUAAUGAAGUGUUUGAAGCGAUCCUUUUGAAGAAUGUGGAAAGUGAAAGCGAUCCGUCACAGAGGCAACUCAAUGCGUACAUUUUCGCGUCGGUUUACUUGAUCUAUUACGUGCAAUUGGUUGCAAAGUCGGAGAACAUUUCCCUUUUAUACUACUUUGCAAGCAGAGUCAAGCAGCACCGGGACGCGGCGAUUGCCUCUUGCGAAUACGAAAAGCGAGAACCAUCUGAAGAGGUUUUGAGCAUUUACAGAAUUGCAGAGUUGGCUCAAUUGAUUCUAAAGAUGUACAGCGAUCAUCGGAACUGGCCCAUUUACACUUGGUCCGAUAAAAUCAAGUUGCCCCAGGAAUUGUACGCGCUAAUGACCACGUCUCAGGAGGCGCAACGGAUUGUUUCGCAAAUCUUUAUUCCUGAAAAUGUCCAGGAGCCAUUGGCAAUGGAAAUCAAAAAAACAAUGGUGGAUAGUAAGCGAAAGCGCAACGAUAAUGAAUCCAGCACCACCAGUACCACCACCAAGCGUGCCAAGAUGAUGAUGACCCAAGUGAAAGUCAAGAAGACAAAGCCAAAACUGAAAAAGCCGAAAAGGCCCAUUAAGAAGGUUGUGUUCGCUGAGCCAACCAGAAAGAGUGCUAGGGCUUCUGCGCAGGUCAAUUAUAGAGAUCAAAUGUCAUCUGAAGAGCUGCUGGAAUCAGAGAGCGAUUUUUGA